GCGAGCCGGAGUCGGGGAAAAUGGUGGCCAGCGUGCGGGUGCAGAAGCUCCUCCGACGGUACAAGCUAGCGAUCGCGGCCGCCCUGACAAUCCUCCUGGUCCAGGGGCUCGUCGUGUGGAGUCUGAGGGGCCUCGAAGAAGGCGAGGCGGAGCGGAAGACGAGGCGUUCUAAGCUGCCUGACCACAACAGCCAGGACCCCAAGAGGGACGUAGUUCCCUGGGAGAGGCAGAACUCGCUGUCGGGGAGGAGUUGGGGCCGAUGGAAUGGCAGACUGGAGAGGACAGGGGGCACAGCCGCCAGCGCACUCCGAAGAGUUACUAGCCGCCAAAGAAAGCCCAGCAACAAGCUGAAGACUCCCCAGGAGCAUGGCAGGAUGGGGGCCGGAGUGGACGGCGCAAUCCCCCAUGACCCGUCCAGCAGCCGCAACUUCAGUGAGAUUCGAGUCGGCAUGGACGGCGUAGCCAAGUUCUCCCCCCCAGCAAUACCGGGGGAGCCAGGCAGUGUGGAAGGAGCCCCCCAGCCCCCCAGCAAUGACUUUGUUCCCAAAUGUGACAUCAUGGGCAAGGAUGCGCUGUCCGCCCUGCACCGUGCUGGGUCACAGCAGUGUCGACAGGAGAUCGCCAACAUUGUGUGUCAGCAUCAGGCUGGGCAGCUGAUGCCACAGGCACUGCCUCAGUUUUGCCCCCUGCUUGGCAUAUCUAAUCCUGUUCAGGCUGGUGAUGAGAUGGACAACAGUUUAUCCCAGGUGGAGAACCCUGUCAGGGUGGCUUUUGUCCUGAUGGUCCAUGGCCGUGCGGUGCGGCAGCUCAAGCGUCUCAUCAAAGCGAUAUACCACCAUGACCACUACUACUACAUCCAUGUGGACAAGCGGUCCAACUACAUGCAUCGGGAAGUCGUACAGAUGGCACAGCAGUUCCCUAACGUGCGCGCCACGCCUUGGCGCAUGGUGACCAUCUGGGGCGGUGCCAGUCUUCUGAAAGCCUACCUACGCAGUAUGCAGGAUCUGCUGGCCAUGCCUGACUGGAAGUGGGAUUUCUUCAUCAACCUUAGUGCCACGGACUUCCCCACCAGGACUAAUGAUGAACUGGUGGCGUUCCUGUCGCAUCACAGAGACAAGAACUUCCUCAAAUCCCAUGGGAGAGAGAAUGCCAGGUUUAUAAAGAAGCAGGGUCUGGACCGCCUUUUCCAUGAAUGUGACAACCACAUGUGGCGUCUCGGCGAACGCAACAUCCCAGAAGGCCUGGAGGUCUCAGGGGGCUCCGAUUGGUUUGCUCUAACCCGACGCUUCGUAGACUAUGUCAUCAACUCCCAGAAUGAGCUGGUUUUAGGGCUGAAACAAUUCUACACCUACGCCCUGCUUCCCGCUGAGUCUUUCUUCCACACGGUGCUUGGAAACAGCCACAUGUGUGACACUCUGGUGGAUAACAACCUGCGCGUCACCAACUGGAAUAGGAAGCUGGGGUGUAAGUGCCAGUACAAGCACAUAGUAGACUGGUGUGGCUGUUCACCCAAUGACUUUAAGCCUCAAGACCUCAUCAGGAUUCAGCAAUUGACCCGGCCCACGUUCUUUGCCCGGAAGUUUGAGUCUUCAGUGAACCAGGAGGCUAUAGACAUCCUGGAUGCCCACCUGUACGGUCACUAUGCCCCUGGAACUGCUGCCAUUAAGGCCUACUGGGAAAACCUGUUUGACCGGGAAGAUGGGGUUGGCUCACUCAGCGAUGUGGCCCUUACAGCUUACUCAUCUUUCUUGCGCCUCGGUCUCAAGAGCCUGAAGACCACUCGGAGCACUGCGGCAGCCUGCAGGUAUGAGCCAGUAGGCUUCCCUUCAUCGGUACAUCUGUACUUUUACGAUGACCAUUUCCAGGGAUACCUGGUGCGUCAGGAAGUCCAGAACCUGGGGUCAAAGGUCAGAGAGAUGGUGGAGAUGUGGGCAGUGCCUCAGACCACCCUGGUUUUAGAGACUGACCUUAAAGAGUUUGAAAGACUCAAGAACCUGGAGAUCGGCACAGAAUGGGAUCCUAAGGAAAGAAUCUUCCGGAAUUUUGGUGGGGUGAUUGGCCCUCUUGAUGAACCGCUGGCGGUGCAGAAGUGGGCUCGUGGGCCCAACCUCACAGCCACGAUCGUGUGGAUCGACCCAGUUCACGUGGUGGCAGCAUCCUACGACAUCAGCGUGGAUGUGGACGCAGAGUACACCCAGUAUAAACCCCCGCUGCAGCGCCCCCUGCGGCCCGGGAGUUGGACAGUGCGGGUGUUGAAGCAAUGGGAACGUGUGGCAGAAGUCCAUUUCCUCGUCAUGCCCUUGGCUUUCAAAGGAAAGGAACCACUACAUAAAGAUGAGGACAGUUGGCUGCACGCAGGUCCUCCUGGUAAUCUUUACAUCGAGCAAGGUUUCCAGCAGCUGAGCUCGGUGCUGAAGUUGCCUCCCCAGGAGCCUGCCAUGCAGGAAGCCCGGCGCAGGGCCCAGCUGGUAGGCAAGCCUCUGGAGGCCUGGGUGGACAGCAGUGUGGAGACCCUCUGGGUGACAGGGGACCUGUGUGCCACACAAACCUCCCCUUGCCCAGCCUUGGGACCCUGUGCCAAAUCGUCCUGGAGCUCCCUUUCCCCUGACCCCAAGUCUGACCUGGGACCUGUCAAAAGUGACGGGCGCAUCAGGUAGCUACAGGAGAGGAGAGACUCUUGAAUUUAGUGCGCACACAGGAAGAUGGAGGCUGAGUGUGAGAGCUCCAAGAGAACCUGUGAGAAAUGGUCUGCCGGGUCGGCUCAGAGCCCAUAGACACACCGAUAACAAGGCGUCCUCCCACAGCGAAGAGUCUCCACAUUCUCAGCGAAAGUGGCAAUAUGGACUUUGUGGAGGAUGGCAUAUCUGCUGGAAAUUUGCACAUUAAGUAAAGGCAAGAGUAGAGUCAUAACUCUUGUGAUGUAUGACUGUAAAAGGUUGCCGAAUGGGUACAUGGAUGCCACGUUCUGCUUUCUGCUGGCACACAAGUCUUAAGUCAGGGUUGGUCUGGGUUGGACUUUGGAGAGAGCCCUCUGCACAUGUUAAACCUCUGUUCCCAUACACAGAUUUUCUCUGCUUCAAGGAAUCAUAAAGCAGCUGUCAAAAUUUAACGAGACACUCAUUGCUGCAUUCUGUCUUCGCUUCAGAAGGAGGCGGUGCCUCUGAAUUACAUUUUGUGCUUAUUUUGAAGCAUUAUUAAGCGAGCGCUUGGAACAGACAGAUGAAGUGCACUUUACUGUAAGACUAUGACGUUAUACAGCGAUCCACUUGGUCCCCACGUGAGAGGAUGAUGAAUGGUCAAGGAUAAGGCAACGUGUCGCUUGUCAGCUGAUGUUCUCUCACUUUCACUUUACAGGACUCUAAAGUGCUGCUUUAAGUUUUACAUUUUCAGUGUUUCUUGCUACUGCAUCGACACAUCAGUGAAUACCUGAACUCGGAUCAUUGUUAAUGAGGAAUUAGUCGUCUUGUCCAAAAAAAAAAAAAAACGGAGUUAAGUUUAGGAGUUAGUGUCUUCCUUCAGCAUUGGUUUUCAGUUUACUGUGACAUAUCAUAUUUUGGGAAGUGUAAUUUUUUUUAUAUAUAUAUAUAUAUUUGUUUUGUCUGUAUGUUUAUUCAACUGGCUGUAAAAUCAGUUGACAAUCAACGUCUGUCGCUCCGAACAAAGCCGCGUGGACUUGUUGGUCUGUUCAGGGUGUGUCGUAUUGAGGCCGCAGACAGUACGGAAGCACUCGCUCUAACGUAAAAAUCCUCUUUUGUAACUUCCUGUGCUCGGUUUCGAAAGUCCACGAGGUAAAAGGCAAAGAGAAGGGUGAGGGAGGAACUCGGCGUUUGCGACGCAGCCUUCGGUUGGACCUCUCGUACUAAACCUCUUGUGUCAGUUUACAUGCAGUACUCUCGCUCCCGGAGGGGUUUGGCUGCUGCGUUCGCCGAGCCGACGAAACGCACCGGCAUUCCCCGUGUGUCUAAUUUCGACUGAAAAUGUCCCGUACCGGAAGUGGCUAACGGUGACGCGCGUUUCCUGUUCCCCAACCUGGAAAAAUCUAAGCUGCCUUUAUCUAGUUGGUAAAAUGAGUUGUUUACAACGGGACAUUAGCUUCAAGAGAUGUGCAAUUAAUGCCUUUUUUGUUUUAUUUUGGGGUUUGUUUUUUGUUUUUUAGACGAAUAUCGACCCUCUUUCCUGUGUCUCAGUUGGUGACGUCAUGGUUUUAGGCCCCCGCUUUGUGUUGCCGUCGGUCCGACACCAUUAUGAGUUUUCAAGUGACCUUGUUUGCCUUGCACAGCACACUCGCUUCAGUGAAGCCCCGACAUUAAAGCAACAAUAGAGGCGGAGCGGUGGUAAAAGAGAUGUCUCGAUAUUUUUAUAUACGGUUUUGGGGGGGGGGGUUCUUGUCGUUUAAUCGUUUUCACCAAUCGUUAGAAACCGUUCGGUCCUUUUCUUGUGUUGGUGUUUAAAAAGUCACCCUCAUCCAUUCAGUGUCGUUCAAACCGGAUGUGUUCGCGGUGCGGUGGGGGGAAACCUUCCGUCCCUGCUGGCGUAUUUAGCCAAAAGCAGUCUGGGUAAUAGUGACUAGUCACGGGCGUUGAAACGACAGGGUCCUCCGGCUGGUGUCGGCGAGUCGAGAACCAGCCCAUCACAAUACUCCUCUGAUACAGCUGACAUGACGGGUAUCUACACCAAUGGCUAAAUAAAAAGAAAACUGAAACUUUC